AUGUAUAAUGCCAGGGUAUUCAGAGGAACUCCUCAUUUCGAUACUCAUAUCCAAUCGAAAGUAGGAGGUAUAGUCUUUGACUUCACCGAGAACGACUUUGCUAGGUGCUUCAACUUACCGAAGCAAGGGUUAACUGAUCUAAAUGUUUCGGCCGAUGUCAAGGCCGGAAUUUCCCUCGCCUUCGCACGUUCAAACGAACCAGUCGAUGAUCAUGGCAGUAAAUCACUAUUGAGAGCUGAGUACCAGCUCCUCAACGAUGUGAUAGGAAGAAGCAUCUUGGGAAGAGAUGUAACAAACACUUACUGCACAGCGGCUUUCAACAUGAUGGAAGCCAUCACCACCGGUACACCGGUGAACUGGUCGAGAGUUCUGUUUGAUGUCCUAAUCUGGAUGAUUGGAGUGCGAACAGUCGACCUGGUCCCACAACUAAGCUGCCUACUAGUUGAACUUGGUGUUCCGACCUGUCCGGGCGAAGAGGAGGAAGAGUCGGCCUCUACAUCUGAACGAACCGGAUCUGAGAAGACUGAUGAUGAAGAACAGUCGGGCCAAAGUCCCGAUAACGCCGGUACGGGUGCAAAUCCUGAGACCGCCGAGGGCGGUGAGGAACACAGUGAAGAAGAAGAGGAGGAGGACGAUGCGACAAAGGCCGAUAGAAUAGCGCGCCGACUCUUGGAGGUGAUUGCUCGGCGAGCUGAUAAUGUUGGCGAGAUAUAUCGGGAAUGGCACGAGCACCGGUUCAACAAACUUUAUAGAGACAUUCUACUAGACUUCACCGACGAAGAGUGUUUUCAGAGGCUGAAGGAAGUAGAGGAAAUUGUCAUGGUCCUUACCAACUCCGAAACUAUUCACGAGGCCUUGGGGCGAACCUCCGUCAUAAGACCGAGAGCUCGGCUACAGAAGCUUACCGUUCGGAUCCGGAAAAUCAAGGAACGGUACGAGGACACAUCGGAGGAUACCUUAACGCCUUUGGUGCUACAAAGGCUUGAGAAAGCGAGAGAAGAACUCGUUGAAGAAAUAAAGCGGUUGGAGGAGAUGUACAAACAAAGAGAAAUAUCGCACUAUACAGCUCCACGGAUCGAUAAGAGUCCAACUCACCGUCCAACACCUCCAAGGGCGGAUCCGGCAACAAAUAAAACUGAUGAAAGGACGGAUCCUCCUCUCACCGGGCAACCUCCACAUGACCAACCGGAAGUCUCCGAACCGGGCGUUACAAAAGAAUGGGUCAAGAGCCUCCUUCAAGAAUUUGAAGACUCCACGGUUAACCCACUCGAAGAAAAGAUGCAGAGACCCGUUAGCUCGGCACUCCGGUUCGCCAACAAGACGAGGCAACUCUUGCUUUGGGAAGAUAACCAGAUGUCAGAAAUCGAAGAUGGCUACCGGGAAGAAGCGGAGUCGCGCAGCAAACAACUCCAGCGAACCGUGAUUUUGGAAGAUAAGACUUCCGAGAUAGAAAAGAACUUCGACCGGCUUGAAAGAGAAACCGAUCAAAGAUUGACAGAGGUCACUGAGGACCUGAUCGGCACAACACUUGGACGGGUCUCCGAACUUGAAAAGAAGAAUGAGGGUCUCGAGGCCGAGCUCAAGGCGCUCACCGCACAAGUUGCCGAAUUGCUCAAUGCUAAGAUAAAUGCGGAUGUCGCGGUUAUGGAGGCCAAUGCUCGAGCGGCUCAGGAAGUCCAGGAUGCGCUGGACAACAAGGCAAGAAAAGCGAAGGAUCCGCCGCAACUCACCGAAGAAGAAAGAGCCGAGCGAGAACGAAGGACAGCGGCUAAGUAUCCGGGACUUGCAAAGUCAGUAGCCGCUCAAGCUGCGAAGGAUGCAGAGCGGUUAGAUAGGGAAAGACAAAGGCUCGAAGGUUUUGCAGCCGCUAACAAAAAGAAAAAGGAGGUCCAUUCCUCUUCGGUUCCGGCAAAGCGAAAACGGGAAUCCUCAAAGAAGGCUCAAGUGGCCGAUCUGCUAAAUGAGGUCACUGACACGGUUAUUGAAAGUAUACCGGAUCAGGCUACUCACGUCGAAGAAGAGGAUGAAGAGCACCUACUGCGGCGGCCCACAAGACAACGAGUCUCGGGAUCGGAAAGUCGACCGCAACCAGUGAAGAAAAAGCGGAACAAGGAUCUGAUGGUCAGCUAUGACUUCUCGGACUCGGAAUAG